CCUGACACAGAACAGGAAAUAAGAGUUGGCUAGCAGAGACGAGAAGCAGUUUGAGCUCCAGCUCUUCAGAUACAAAACUGUUCUGAAGAUUGUUUGCGGGACAUUUUUGGAAACAAAAUCAGCUCCAAGAUGUCCACGCUCCAUCCUGAGUGACGCGUAGGAGCACCAGAGCAUGGAGCUGGUGUCAGUGCAGCACGACUUCGAGUACACAGCGAAGGACGGUCGCCUUGUGUCCAUCAAGCCUAACGAAAGUUACAUCCUGGUCUCCAGAACUAAUGAGCACUGGUGGCACGUACGCAAAGACCUGCACACCCGACCCUUUUAUGUCCCUGCCCAGUAUGUGAAGGAGCUCCCAACAAUUACUGAACACUCUUCUGAUAAGAUGGAUUCACCUGUGACCAAGCCACUGGAAAUGGACGAUAUAAGACGACGUAAAGGGACCACAGUGAUUCGUGUUUGUGAUCUGGAUGCUCCAAGAGAGACAUACCGCUUCUCCACGUUUGGAUUAUGUGCAAAAAUACAAGAUGUGAAGCCCUGUGAGACUCUGGAAGGACCAAUCAGCAGCAGUUUUGCACACAGAGAGGAUGGCAUUAAGACUCAGGAUUCAACAGAAGGCUUAUCUUCUACCCCUGCACCCCUGAAUACUGACAUCCUGGAACUGUAUGCAAAACAUCAUCAUGUGCCAAAGGUCAAAACUGUACCCAAAGAGCCACUGCUGGAGGGUGAAGUCAUACAGCAACAGACUUUUUUGCAAGAUGAGGAUAUGGACCUCCCUUCACCCCCUAAGUCGCCCCUGUAUGACACCAUACCCAAGCUAAACAUCCCAGAAUUUGACACUUUUUCUGAGCUGCCUGGCCCCAUUGACUCAGAUGACACAUUCAUGUUUGAGGAGCAACAUUUUAAUCUCACUGAAGAAGCAACCUCCUGUCCAAAUGAAGCUCCCACUGAGCAGGUUGAGAAUGAAAGUCUCCGGUCAGCGGUGUACGUGAAUGUAUCACAGCUUCGCAAAAGCAUCUCCGAGUCUCCUCCCUCGGCUCCCUCGUCCUACUCUCCUUCCUACCUUGACCCAGAGGGAUGGGAGGUGCACGUUGACCAAGAAAGUGGACAGGAGUACUUCUACCACCCCGCCACGGGGCGCACCACCUGGGACAGCCCCUUCCUAGACUCCCCCACAGACCCUGAGCCUCCUUGUUCCCCCUCACCUCCUCAAUCUCCCGCCCUUUCUCCGUCCUCCCCACCUGCGUGGACCUCAGACUGGGAGCAGUUAGUGGAUGAGAGCAGCGGUCGGCCCUACUUCUACAACGCCAUGUCCAGGGAAACGUCCUGGGAGCCCCCCGAGCAGCUGAGCCCGUACCCCCCCGUGAUGGAGCCCAUGAGUGUGCACAGGUUCCAUGAGGACGGACCGCCUCCUCUCCCUGAUGAGGAUUACCCCCUAGAGAAUAACCCAGCUGCUGCUCAUCCAGAGAGCAGUGAGGACCUCCUAGCCAUGGGCCCCCCCACUCUCCCUAAAGAGUACACCCUCAGUCAUGCGGGCCGGACCAUCAUCCCCCGGGCCAACGUGGACCGCAGCACCCCGAACGGUUGGAACCUCAACGUGCAGCCCAACGGGACCUGGGUGUUCACCAGCGAACACUCCCCAGAGCAGUGGAUCAAGUCUGUGGAUGAACAAGGGCAGACCUACUACUAUCUGAGGGACGGCUCCAAGUCUGUGUGGAACCUGCCUGAGGUGCCUGUAGGUCAUUACAGAAUGGAGAACGGAGUUGAAGCAGACAAUCCGUCAGUCAUCAAAAACUGGAGACACACCAUGGGACCGGCUCAGAUGAGCGCAGCACACGAUGAUGGGAGGUUCAUGCCAACUCACAAGAGGAACACGUCCGACUACAGCAGCGACAGCUCCAGCACGGGGAACUCUCCGGAGACGCAGAAUGAUGUGCAGAACUUGGAGAAAGCCGGUAUCCUCAACAAAACAAAAGUGUGUGACAACGGCAAGAAAGUUAGGAAGAACUGGGCUCAGACAUGGACAGUUCUCCACGGAGGAGUGCUGACGUUCCACAAAGAUCCAAAGUCUGCAGCUAUAGGGACUUCGAUUAAAACCAAUCAGAUUGUUCCAGAGAUCACGGUGGACCUGCGAGGAGCUACCAUUGGCUGGGCCCCGAAGGAUAAAUCCAGCAAGAAGAAUGUUUUAGAGUUAAAAGGAAAGAACGGCGUAGAGUUCCUGGUACAGUACGACACAGAAAGCAUCAUCCAUGACUGGCACAAAGUCUUAGUGGACACCAUACGGCAACUGGAGUACCAGGACCAUCACUCAGAGGACGAGGACGGGGACUUAUACGAGAAGAUUGGCGGCACAGAGCGAGACGACAAGUUAGGAGGCGGCAUUGACAAACGAAGACCCUCCAAGCCGACCGUCACACACUCCUCCAGCGGUGCAGGAGACUCGGACCAGAAGAGGGUUCGGACCAAGUUGAUGAAGUUCCUCAUGAAGCGGCCCACGCUGCAGUCGGUGAAGGAGAAAGGCUACAUCCGAGACAAUGUGUUUGGAUGCCAUCUGGGCACACUGUGCGCACAAGAAAGGGCCACAGUUCCUAGUUUUGUGGAGAAAUGUAUCAAAGCAGUGGAAAAGAGAGGUUUAGACAUUGACGGACUCUACAGAGUGAGCGGGAACCUGGCUGUCAUUCAGAAACUACGCUUCAAGGCUGAUCAUGAGGAGCUGGACCUGGAGGACGGACAGUGGGAGGACGUUCACGUCAUCACCGGAGCGCUGAAGCUGUUUUUCCGAGAGCUUCCUGAGCCGCUUUUCCCCUUCAGCCACUUUAAUAAGUUCAUCGAAGCAAUCAGAAUUCCUGAUUACAACACAAAAGCGUCUUGCAUGUAUGAGCUGGUCAGGUCCCUUCCUCCUUCAAAUCAUGAUACCAUGAAACUCCUUUUUGGGCAUUUACGCAGGCUCAUUGAAUACGGGGAGGACAAUCGCAUGACUGUGCAGAAUGUGGCUAUUGUAUUUGGUCCGACUCUCCUCCGGCCAGAGAUGGAGCUGGGCAACAUCACCAUGCACAUGGUCUUCCAGAACCAGAUAGUGGAGUUCAUCCUGAACGAGUACGAGCUGAUGUUCUUCUCCAGCUAAAGCCGCUGCACGAGCCUCCAGUGAAGAGCUGUACAAUCGUCUGAAUGUGCUCAAGCUUUUUGAAGUUCUAGAUUUCCUUUUUUUGCAUGCACAUAAAAAGCUUCAGUGCAACAUCUAAAAUGAAACUUCUCUUGUAAAAAGUGCCCUUCAAGUUUUCUUUGCUCAGAAUAUUUAAGGUUUAACCACACAAAUUAGAAAAAAGGGAUCUUCAAAUGGUCUUAGCUGAGAAUAUUUGAAGCAUUUUAAACCACAGUGUCGGGAGGCUGACGCUGUUACAACUAUCUUCGGCAGUAUUGUAGGGUUGGAAAUCCAAUGAGGUUUCCUUUCUCAGAGCUUUUUAGCUUGUUGCUUAGGUUGAAAAAGGACUGUGUCAUAUUGCUCUCGCUCCACUCUAGCUGUCUUAAUCUCACAAGUCACUUUCCUGAGAUUUUAUUUGUUUGUUUUUUAUUACUGGCUUGUCUAAAUCGCACCUAGAACCUACCGAAGUCAAACCUGGGCGAAUGCAUUAAUGCUCUCUUAAAGAAAUGUUCAAUAAUUGCCUCCAUCUUUAUUUUUUAGAAAGUUUAAUGACAUUUAAAUCUUGUAUUCAAUUUGAAAUGACAGUUUAUCACCUAUGGCAAUAACUGAGAUUGUAUUCUAAUAUUGUAUCAUUUUUACCCAUGAAUUGUAUUGUAAUAUAGACCUGUAUAAAAAUAAAUAUUAAUAUCAACACCUUGCUGUGAAAUAGAUGGUAACAAAGAAUACUUGUGCAACUUAUAGAUUAUUUUCCAGUGAAUGAAAUCCCAUUUUCCGAUCAUGUUGUUCUUUAAGAAACUGUAUGAUAACACCAUAGAAAUGUAAACUAGUGAUACAUUCUUUUGACAGUAAAAAGAUUCUCACCAUGAAAAAGAAAAGUGGAUUCUAGAAGACAUUCCUGACCUGUAAAUAGAAAUAGAAGGCAUAUUUAUGCUGAAAGUUGUUGGAAAUGCACAAUUUAUUCCAUAAUAAAAAAUAACUUUGUAAAAAA